AUGGCGAUAGGUCGGAAGGAGGCUUUUGCUUCUAUCGAUGAGGCAGUACUGGAGCAUGGGAAGUCUAUGCGCAGGCAACCGAAUACAUCUGCCGGUGUCGAGGAAAGGCGUAAGCGCGGCUCCUCGGAGGGCACAAAUGCUACGAAGCACAUGAUCAUGGCCGCAAAAGAACCCACCAGCCUUCAAGAGCUGGAGAGGAUUGGAAGAACGUUGGAAUACACUGAUGGCCUCGAUACUUUUCGAUUUCCUACACCUGAGCCGAGAGUACCGUCUCCUCCGCCUACGACGCCGCACAGCGCAACUUUUCCACCGGUACCCCCCUCUUCGUCUCCGUUGAACUAUCCAUCGCCGAAGAUUGGAGUUGCUAUCGGAUCGCCUUCACAAGCGCCACCGAGCUGGGGAAGAUCAUUAACGAUCAACAAUAUAUCUGAUCGGACGGAUCCGCUACCGCCCAGCCGCGCGCCGCCACGACCGCCUCAACCGCAGCGAAGCCACACAGUGGCUUGCGGUCUUGAACAGCCCAAGAAAAAGUCUGGUUGGAAGGUAUUUGGGAGCUUGUUCCGCAGGUCGUCCAGCAGACGGGGUACACAUUGCAUACCGGCACCAGAGCAUGCACAAACACCACCAUCUGCUUGCACUCCACCAAUCCGAGCAUUGGCGUCUUCAGAAGCAACAUCACCGGAGCUACCAUCGCCUCGACCUGUUUCAAGCAUGAGAGGGCACUCGAGAAAAGCGUCCGCAGGUACUGGACAUAUGUGGUCAGCGCAAUCCACACCGACAGACAGGACUUCUCCCAUGCCUAAGCUCAAAUCGAAGAUGAGAUGCAGCCUAACGCCUUCGCCGCGAACAACGCCUACCCGAGCAUCUACAGAUAUGUUCAAGACACCGCCAGAGCGUCACGACUCUGCAGUGGAAAGUCAUAAUGCCAACGUAGCGGGGGCUACCCUCGGAAUGCCGAGGUUGGAUCUUGAUAUCCCCAAAUCAGAGUUUGAGAGGUAUAGCGUCAUGUUUGAGAAGCUCCUGUCGAAUGACUCGAGGCCCUCAUUGCUGGAGAGACGCCAGAGUCGACUCCAUAGAAGAAUAUCAGGUCUCGAGAGGAGUAACGGAGGGGAUGUGCCACCGCCCGAUCCUUCCCAGCUCUCGACACCAUCGACUCAUUUGACGAGAUCACUUUCCAUCCAGACCGGUUCCAAGCAGACACUAGGAGGCAACGGGAGCGAGGCAACUGUCACCUCUCUCCAACGACCGGGACCAAUUCAACGCUCCAUGACCGCCCCGCCAGGCGCCAUCUCCCCCCUCACCUCAGCUUUCUCACGAGGCCGAAAGGAUACCGUCGAAACUUUCCCGUCCUCUAUGGACUCUGUGGACGCCAACACAAUCUACAGCGAGAACUCCCUCCCUCCCACCCCCACCACCAUGACCACAUGCACAGACACGGAAUCUAUCGGUCGGGCCUUGGGGCAGCAAGAAUCAGCUUGGGAUAUGAUGACCUCGAAACCCGACACGAUCCCCUCCCCCCCGGAACAUGUGGAUGAAAGCGCGCCAGAGCCUUAUCCCCGUGUCAAGAGUGCCGAAGAUCUCGAACGACAGAUUGUCCAAGUGAGCGUGGCGAGGCAGGUUUCCGUGAGACGGGCCAAGAUGAGAGUCCACAAGGCCGUGGCCACGAAGCAGCCACUCCGCCCGAGACUGGUGGAAUUAGUGGGGAAUCGAAAGAGCACGGCUGGGGUGUUGGAGAGUGCGGCUGAUGAUGGGGAGAUUGAAGCGCUCCCUGAACAGUGA